AUGGCCGAGAUAGCGGUUAUAGUGGCUACGGUGGUGGUCAAGGUAAUAGUCGUAGAUACAGUGGUGGAUACAGUGGCUACAAAGGUGGAUACGUUGGAGGAAGCUGUUGUUUUCAGUGUGUUGAGUCUUGUCACUUUGCUAGGAAUUGUACCCGAAGUGAAAGGGUUGGCGGCGGAGGUGGUAGAUACUCAAAUGGUGGUGGUUGUGGUGGUGAUGAGCCUGACUAAUGGUGAGGCUGUCAAAUACGAAAUUGACUCCAACAUUGAUAAUCGUUCCAAGGUUGUUAAUGUUAUUGGAGGUGGUCGAGAUAGUGGUUAUAGUGGUUACGGUGGUGGUCAAGGUAAUAGUCGUAGAUACAGUGGUGGAUACAGUGGCUACAAUGGUGGAUACGUUGGGGGAAGCGGUUGUUUUCAGUGUGUCGAGUCUGGCACUUUGCUAGGAAUUGUACCCGAAGUAAAAGGGUUGGCGGCGGAGGUGAGCCUGACUAAUGGUGAGGCUGUCAAAUACGAGAUUGACACCAACAUUGAUAAUCGUUCCAAGGUUGUUAAUGUUACUGGAGGUGGUCGAGAUAGUGGUUAUAGUGGCUACGGUGGUGGUCAAGGUAAUAGUCUUAGAUACAGUGGCUACAAAGAUGGAUACGUUGGAGGAAGCGGUUGUUUCCAGUGUGGCGAGUCUGGUCACUUUGCUAGGAAUUGUAUCCGAAGUGAAAGGGUUGGCGGCGAAGGUGGUAGAUACUCAAAUGGUGGUGGUUGUGGUGGUGAUGGUCACAUUAUGUUAAUCAAUGAUAUUAAUUAA